CUUGAGGAAGAAGUACGGGAAAGUGUUCUCCGUGAAAAUUGGAAGCUUCAAAGUAGUAAUUGCCGGGGAUACAGCAUCAGUCAAAGAAUUGCUGGUACGAAAGUCUGCUGAUUACGCCGGGAGACCUCCUUUAUAUAGCUUCCUGCGUUCUACUUUCGACGGGAAAGACAUUGCCGUAGGAAAUUACAGCCCUGCCUGGAAAUUUCAUAGAAAAAUCUUCGUGGCAGCCAUUAGACGGUAUCUGUCUGACAAGCAAGUGGUAGAAAAAACAAUCGCCGAGCAGGCAACGAAACUAACGCAGUACUUCGAAGACCAAAAUUUGAAGGACUUUGACCCUGCAAACAUGCUGAUGGAAAGUAUUGCCAACGUCAGCUGUCGAAUCUUAUUUGGAAAACGUUUUGACUCAUCGCAUUCCGAUUUCAAGGAACUUCUCAAACUAAACGACGAUUUCUUUUCUGAUUAUGAAAUUAAUACACAAAGAUUUAUUUUGGAUUUCUUUCCCGUAGCAAAAUACUUCCCAUUCCGUGCCUACCAACUCAUGAACAACAUGCUUGAUCAGGUUUACGAAAUUCUUCGUCGCCAGUUAAAGAUACAGGAGAGAGAGUCUUCCAACUCGACAGAGAUUGACAGCCUCACUGGCAGUUUUCUCCAAGAAAGGGCUGUAGCUGAAAAUGAGGUUGGUGCAGAAGAGAGAGUUGCUUUCUUAUCAGACGAAUACAUGCUGAGUAAUAUGAGAGACAUGUUUGUCGCUGGUUAUGACACCACUAGUUCUACCUUACGCUGGGCCAUUGCAUUCCUGGUUCACCACCCUAAAAUUCAAAAAGAGGUUCAAAACCAGCUAGAUGAAGUGGUUGGAAAGGAUCGGGUGCCGAACUUAGAUGAUCUACCAAAUCUUCCACUUGUUCAGGCCAUGAUCAUGGAAACACAACGUCUUGGUAAUGUUGCAGAAAAUACCAUUCCUCACUACACGCUUAAGGACACCACGCUAGCUGGCUUCAGGAUUCCAAAAGAUACCAUCGUAUUUGCUACUUUAGCACAAGUUCAUCUGGAUCCAGGCUGCUGGGAGAAUCCGUACUCUUUCAACCCUCACCGCCAUAUUGACGCUGAUGGUCAGCUCAUUACCAACACUGGUAACUUUCUUCCCUUCUCAGCUGGUCGCCGGGUCUGUGCUGGUGAAGCACUGGCAAAGGUAGAGCUGUUUCUGUUCCUAACGUGGAUGCUGCACAAGUUCACAUUUCUACCAUCGGAGGAGGGCACUGUUCCUGACCUCAAGGGCCACACUGGUCUCACUCAUUUUCCAGCACUCUACAAAAUUAGGGCCAAAAAACGACUACGGUAAUAGAUCCAGGGUGCUAAGA